AUGGAGAAUGGCGAGAAGCUCGUGAUCGGCAAGCGGUGCUACGUGGGCAACCUGGCGUGGCGGACGUCCUGGCAGGACCUGAAGGACGAGUUCCGAAAGUGCGGGCAGGUGGUGUACGCCAACGUGAUGCGCACGGAAGACGGAAGGUCGAAGGGCUGGGGCAUUGUCGAGUUCGAGCACCCGGAAGAGGCGCUGAAGGCAGUGGAAACGAUGAACGGCUUGGAAAUUGGCGGCAGGCCGAUCAUGGUCCGCGAAGACAGGGAAGACCGUGACGUGAAGCAGUACAACUCUGCAGGCAGGGAUGGGGAGGGCUAUGGGGACCAGCAGUACGAGCGGACACCACGAAGCCCAGGCGGGGAGCAUUCGGAGCUGCAGGUUGUGGUGCAUGGGCUCCCUUUCAGGUACACAUGGCGUGAGUUGAAGGAUUUGUUCAACGACAAGAUCGGGAGCGUUGUUCAUGCGGAGGUGGUGUAUGGCCGUGAUGGGAGGAGCAGGGGAUAUGGAACAGUGAGGUUUGACAAUGUGGAGUCUGCCAAGAAGGCGAUCGAUGAGCUCAACAAUGCUGAACUUGAUGGCCGCCGUUUGGGUGUGAAGAUGGACAAGUAUGCUUGA